AAGGUUGGUGCUGGGUUGACGGUGCCACUUUAUGUGUCUGAAGACACGGAUGAUGCCAAUGUGGAGAGGGUAGUGAUUGGCUCUGCUGCCAAGGGCAGGGAUGGGUGGUACUACUUCAACUCUCUCACCAACGCUCGAAACAAGGCAGCUGGCAAUUUGGCUGGAAUCGAUGAGAAGCGCAUCGCGGUGCUCGUUCCACAGUUCAUGAACACAGCAGACAAGGAGGCCGGUUCUGCAUCUGCCACCGACCUCCUCUUCAAGGGCUUGAGCUGGUCGUCUGGCUCCAACGGUGUCGGGGCUGGUUCCACAAUAUCCUCUUUUGACGUCCUAGACAGUUUGGUUAAUCUGGCCAAGUCACGAUACCCCAAAGCGACGAAAAUCAUCUUUGCCGGGCACAGUCUUGGAGCGCAGGCCAUCAACCGCUACUCGACUCUCAGGAAGGGCGCCGAUGGAAGCGUACCUUCGCUAGAGUACUUCAUUGCCAAUCCGGGCUCCUGGCUGUGGAUCACGCCGGAUGUGCCCGUGCCAGAUGCGACUUGCGACAAGGCUGCGCACGAGUACAAGUACUUUGUGAAGCGCGGCGACUCGAAGCUUCCGCCUUACGCGCGCACCGAUGUCGACUUGCUAGAUCAGAGGGGUGUGUUGUCCAGGUAUGCAGCUCGCAAGGUGCACGUUGCUGUCGGACAAAAGGACUAUGGCCCUGGAGAUACUUCGUGCGCUGCAGGCACGCAAGGCAAAAAUCACCGACAACGUGGAAGACUGUACGUCGAGGCGAUCAAGAAGGCUCUGGGAGGUAGCUUGCCGGCUAGCUGGACCUACGACAUCAUUCCUCGAUGCAGCCACGAUCCGGACUGCAUGUUUGGCAGCGAUCUUGGCAUUGCUAGGCUCUUC